AGGGGUCCCACCUGGCCUUCAAGACGCAGGCACUCGAGCCAAAGGGGAGCAAAACCGGGCCCGGCCCUAGGCCCCCAGGACCUCCAUCUCCCAAUGCCCGAGGUAGGGGGUCUCAUACCUCCCGCGCUCUGGGGCCAGAAAGCGGCCGUCUACUGUACAACCCGGGGACACAGGGAGAAGCAGGUGCUCGCGGUCUGGACUGCUGGAGCUGUGAGCUCUGAAGCCACACAACCUCCAGGGCUCUGGCCCGGAUCCCACCACUCUAGGCUUAGUGGUUAAGAUCAGACUCGUGAACCAGACUGCCAGGGUCUAAAUCCGAACUGAACAGCCUACUAGCUGUGUGACCUCGGGCAAGUUACUUAACGUCUCUGAGCCUCACUUUCCCUAGUCUUUAUCCUUCAGCCUUUCUAUCUCAUUGCACAGCGAACAUCUGGGAUACAGGCAGUAGUCCCAAAGGUUGUAUGGUGCCUAUGGUUACCUGCCUGAACCAUGAAGCCAGACUGCUGAGUUCAAAUCCCAGUGCUACUAAACUAGUGUGUAACUAUGAACAGGUUACUUAAUAUUUCUGUCCCUCAAUUUCCUCAUCUGUAAAAUGGGGAUGAUAAUUAUCUACCUCAGAGUUCUUUGAGGAUUAAAUGAGAUAUGAAGUGCUUAGCAUAAUAUCUAACACAUAGCCUUCAGUAAGUGUUAAAAAAAACAAUAACGGUAAUUAUUACUAAUUACCCUGGUCCUCACAUCCCAGGCUUGGGACUGUGAGGGCAGGAGGAAUGGAGACUGACAAAUUCCCAAAUCUUGGCACCAAGCAGUUAUUCUUAAAAUCUCUUGCUCAGGCAGGCAGGGAUGAACUGGGAGAGUGGGAUGGGGAUAAGAUGGAAUGAAUGGCCAGGAUGGACCCUUCUUCUCAAACAGGGCUUUCCAGGAGAAACAUCCCUUUUGUAACCUGGUUCUCCGUUUUCAUACCCCGAUCAUGGGGAAGAUUGUCUGAGGUUUCCCUUAGUUCUGAACAGGCGUUAGCCCCUGGUUCUGACAUUCAUUCGUCUAUAUUUAACCUGCUGUGUGUCCACUCUGAAGGAUUUAAGAUGGACCAGGCACUGCUUGCCUUUAGGGAGUUAUUCUAGUAGAGCUGUGAUUCUCAGUCUUGAAUGUGUUUAGGGUCUCCUGAGGAUGUUGUUAAAAUACAAAUUCUGGUUCCAUAGGUCUGAGAAAGGACCUGAGAUUCUGUAUUUCUAACUAGCUCCCAGGUUAUGCUGACGAAGCUGGUCCGAUGGAUUGCACUUUGAGUAGCAAGAUAUAGAGGAUUUUACAAUCUAGUAGAGUGGCAGGUGGCUGCAGGCUGGAGACAAAAGUCCAGGGUAAUCUUCUGGCAACUUGGGGUGGUCUCCGCCCCCUUGCUCACUGAGGUUCCCUCCCAGGAAUCCCACGUGACGGUUGGACCUCAGUCUCAAAACUAGGAGCCCUGCAAGCGCCGUGGCUCCCAAGAUGCCGCCCUGCCUUCUCUCUCUGCUGCUGCCGUUCCUGACGCUGCUGCUGCCCCAGGCAGACACUCGGUCUUUCGUAGUGGAUCGGGAUCAUAACCGGUUCCUCCUGGACGGGGUUCCGUUCCGCUAUGUAUCUGGCAGCCUGCACUACUUCCGGGUACCGCGGGUGCUUUGGGCAGACCGGCUUUUCAAAAUGCGAAUGAGCGGCCUUAACGCCAUACAGUUUUACGUGCCUUGGAACUACCAUGAGCCAGAGCCUGGGGUCUAUAACUUUAAUGGCAGCCGGGACCUCACUGCGUUUCUGAAUGAGGCAAAUAAGGCGAACUUGUUGGUCAUACUGAGACCAGGACCUUAUAUUUGUGCAGAGUGGGAGAUGGGGGGUCUCCCAUCCUGGUUGCUUCGAAAACCUAAAAUUCAUCUGAGAACCUCAGAUCCAGACUUCCUUGCUGCAGUGGACUCCUGGUUUCAUGUCUUGCUGCCCAAGAUAUAUCCAUGGCUGUACCACAAUGGGGGCAACAUCAUUAGCAUUCAGGUGGAGAAUGAAUAUGGUAGUUAUAAGGCCUGUGAUUUCAGCUACAUGAGGCACCUGGCUGGGCUCUUCCGUACAAUACUGGGAGACAAGAUCUUGCUCUUUACCACUGAUGGGCCUGAAGGACUCAAAUGUGGCACCCUCCAGGGACUCUAUACCACUGUAGAUUUUGGCCCAGCCGACAACAUGACCAAAAUCUUUAACCAGCUUCGGAAGUAUGAACCCCAUGGGCCAUUGGUAAACUCUGAGUACUACACAGGCUGGCUGGAUUACUGGGGCCAGAAUCAUUCCACACGGUCCAUUCCAGCUGUAACCAAGGGACUAGAGAACAUGCUGAAGUUGGGAGCCAGUGUGAACAUGUACAUGUUCCAUGGAGGUACCAACUUUGGAUACUGGAAUGGUGCUGAUGAGAAAGGGUACUUCCUUCCAAUUACUACCAGCUAUGACUACGAUGCACCCCUCUCUGAAGCAGGAGACCCCACACCUAAGCUUUUUGCUCUUCGGAAUGUCAUCAGCAAGUUCCAGGAAAUUCCCUUGGGACCCUUACCUCCCCCCAGCCCCAAGAUGAUGCUUGGACCUUUGACUCUGCACCUGGAUGGAAGUUUGCUGGCAUUCCUAGACUUCCUAUGCCCCCAAGGGCCCAUCCGUUCAAUCUUGCCGAUGACCUUUGAGGCUGUCAAGCAGGACCAUGGCUUUGUGUUGUACCGGACCCAUCUGGUCAAUACCUUUACAGAGCCGACAUCCUUCUGGGUGCCAAAUGAUGGACUCCAUGACCGUGCCUACGUGAUGGUGAAUGGGGUGUUUCAGGGUGUUUUGGAACGAAACAUGAAACACAGAUUAUUUUUGACGGGGAAAAUGGGGGACAAACUGGAUGUCUUGGUGGAAAACAUGGGGAGGCUCAGUUUUGGGUCUAACAGCAGUGACUUCAAGGGCCUGUUAGAGCCACCACUUAUGGGGCACGUAGUCCUUACCCAGUGGCUCAUAUUCCCUCUGAAAAUUGAUAGUCUUGUAAAGUGGUGGUUUCCUAUCCAGUUGCCGAAAAGAUCACAACCUUCAACUUCCUCUGGCCCCACCUUCUACUCUGCAUCGUUUCCAAUUUUAGGCUCAGUCGGGGACACAUUUCUGUAUCUACCUGGAUGGUCCAAGGGCCAAGUCUGGAUCAAUGGGUUUAACUUGGGCCGGUACUGGACAAAACGGGGGCCACAACAGACCCUCUAUGUGCCAAGACCCCUGCUAUUUCCUAGGGGAACAUUCAACAAAAUCACAGUGCUGGAGCUAGAAAAUGUGCCUCCUAGGCCCCAAAUCCAAUUUCUGGACAAGCCUAUCCUCAAUAGCACCUUGUAUAGGACAUACCUCUAUUCCUUCUCAGCUGGUGAACAAAUGGAGUUAAGUGGGCACUGAAAGAAAGGUAACCCUUGUACCUGGGACAUGGAGUGGUCAGGAUCCCUUGGUGCUGG